CGUUGAUUCUAGUUAUAUAUGACUGGUUAUCCCGGUUAUCGUCUACUCGAUGUUUUGAGCCAUUAAGCAUCCAGCAUAAUACGCUCCAAACAAUCUAAAGUUGAUUAUUUUUUUUCAACCCCUCAAGAAAAGUGUUCUAAAUAAUCAAACAUCAUCGUUUUACCUGAAAGAGUAGUCCCGCGAGGUAAAUAAAAAUUUCGCUAAAUUCUGAGGAAGCAAAAUGGCAGCAGCCGACUCAUCCGCGGACGACAGUCUUUAUCCGAUCGCUGUUUUGAUCGAUGAAUUGAAGAAUGAAGACGUUCAGUUACGACUCAACUCAAUAAAGAAGCUAUCGACAAUUGCCCUGGCCCUUGGGGCUGAACGAACUAGAAGUGAGUUGAUGCCUUUCCUCACAGAGACGAUCUACGAUGAAGAUGAGGUUCUCCUAGCCCUUGCUGAGCAACUGGGUUCUUUCACUCCAUUGGUUGGUGGGCCUGAGCAUGUCCACUGUCUUCUACCACCCCUGGAGGCUCUUGCAGCAGUCGAAGAGACUGUCGUGAGGGACAAGGCUGUGGAAUCAUUGAGAAACAUCGCUGGACAACACAAUCCUGCGUAUCUUGAGGAGCAUUUUGUUCCUCUGGUGCAGAGAUUAGCUGGUGGAGACUGGUUUACGUCCAGAACUUCUGCAUGUGGAUUGAUUAGUGUCUGCUAUCCCAGGGUCAGUCCUGCUACCAAAGCAGAACUGAGGAAUCAUUUUCGAAAUCUCUGCCAGGAUGACACUCCCAUGGUUAGGAGAUCUGCUGCCUCCAAGCUUGGAGAGUUCGCUAAGGUCGUGGAAAUCGAGUAUCUGAAGUCAGAUUUGAUACCCAUGUUUGUUAUCCUGGCGCAGGAUGAGCAGGACUCUGUUCGUCUACUGGCAGUAGAUGCUUGCGUGAGCAUUGCAACUCUACUGCAGCAGGAGGACGUCGAGCAGUUGGUGAUGCCAACCCUGCGACAGUGCGCUGCUGAUCAAUCCUGGCGGGUUCGGUACAUGGUUGCUGAUAAAUUCACAGAUCUUCAAAAGGCUGUAGGUCCGGAAAUAACGAAGACAGACCUUGUCCCGGCGUUUCAAGUAUUGUUGAAAGAUACAGAGGCUGAAGUUCGGGCUGCUGCGGCUGACAAAGUUCGUGACUUCUGUCAAAACUUGGAUCAAUUCAGUCAAGAGAACAUUAUCAUGACUAAUAUCCUACCGUACGUCAAGGAACUCGUUGCAGACCCCAAUCAGCAUGUCAAGUCUGCAUUGGCCAGUGUUAUCAUGGGAUUGAGUCCAAUCCUUGGAAAGCACAACACAAUUGAACACUUGUUGCCAUUAUUCCUUCUGCAACUUAAAGACGAAUGUCCAGAAGUGCGUUUGAACAUAAUCAGCAAUUUGGAUUGUGUCAAUGAAGUCAUUGGAAUUCAGCAGCUUUCCCAAUCACUUUUACCAGCAAUUGUUGAGUUGGCAGAGGAUUCAAAGUGGCGAGUCCGAUUAGCGAUCAUUGAAUACAUGCCUCUAUUAGCAGGUCAACUUGGUGUAGAAUUCUUCGAUGAGAAACUCAAUUCCCUCUCUAUGAACUGGCUAGUGGACCACGUCUACGCAAUCAGAGAAGCUGCGACACUGAACCUGAAGAAAUUGGUCGAGAAAUUCGGGCCAGAGUGGGCACAAAACACAAUAAUCCCGAAAGUUCUCAACAUGACCAGGGAUCAGAAUUAUCUCCACAGGAUGACUUGUUUAUUCUGUAUUAACGUCCUAGCUGAAGUGUGUGGGCCUGAAAUAACAACAAAAAUAAUGCUUCCCACUGUGCUUGCGAUGGCAAAUGAUAAUGUUGCUAACGUAAGAUUCAACGUCGCUAAAACUCUCCAACGCAUUGGACCUUAUCUAGAACCAAGUGCAGUUCAAACACAAGUUAAACCUGUGCUCGAUAAAUUAAACACUGACGCCGAUGUCGAUGUCAAGUAUUUCGCUUCCGAGGCUAUUGCUGGAAUUGCAGCAUAGGUUGAUGAAGUCCCUGAGUGCAUUUACUCCCUAACAAUAGAAGAAUAUAACAUAAUAAGAGCAUGAAGAACAGAACAAACAAAAACUUUUAGAAUGUUGAGGAGGAAAGAGAAAUCGGAAGAAAAUUCAAUUAAGAGGAAAAAUCAUUACACCCGAUAGCCGUUCUCUUUUACACGAUAUCCUCUUGGCAACAAUUAAAAAUAAGCACUUGAAGAAUUACUCUUAAUUAACAAACUAAAAAAUGGAAAAAUACAUGAAUAAAGUGAAAUAAAAUUCCCACGAUUAAAAAAAUUAGAAAGAGUAGUCAUUAAAAAAAAUAGCAGUUUAUGUUAACCAAUAUUUAAAGAAAACAAAGAAAAAGAAAAACAUCAUUUUGUUGUAAUUUGUAUAUCUAUAAUAUUGUACCAAGUAUUGAUUUUAUCGAUAUUCAAUCAAGAUCAUGUAUCUUCGUAUAAUAAUUAAUUGUCUUUAAUCAUUAAGGGUUAAUCAUGAAAAUGACUCGAUAUCAUUCCCUAUCAUCAUUUUUGGAUUUUAACAAAGAAAACUUCGGACAUUAAUAGCAACAAAAUUUUUCAUCCCACAUUUUUCUGUAAAAAAAAUUGUGAAUAAAGUUUUUUUUUGCGUAACAUCA